UGACAGUUGACUUUUACUUUUAGUGACGGAAACUUGUUUUUGAUACGAAUGGGGUUUGUUUUUGAAAAAAGUUGUUUUACUUCGUAUAAAAGUUAAUUUUUCUUUGUGAAAUCGAGAAGAAAAAUGGACCAACCUGUAAACGCAUACAGAAAAAUGCUAGCUGCAGCCGUUUCUAGCGUGCUAUUGGAAAAUGGCUACGAUUCAGUUGAGAAAGACAGUUUAGGAACUCUAACAGAAAUGAUGCAGGCUUUUCUAACCGAAACAGCCUAUCUAACUAAAUGCUACUGCGAAUUAUCCGGUCGCGUCGAGCCCGUUUUAGGCGACAUUAUUUUGAGUUUCGUAGAAAUGGGUUUCAACUUCCAAACGUUAGAAAAUUACGUGAAAGCAUCCAAACACUUAGUAUUACCACCACUACAGCCCCAACAAUCCCAGAAACAGCUCAACAUGCUAGCAGCAGGUUCCAAGCAACCUCUGUCUUCGCACAUUCCGCAGCACCUGCCCCCUUUUCCGGAUCCCCACGCCUACGUUAGAACCCCCACACACAAACAACCCAUCAUCGAUUACGAAUCGGUGCGAGAGAAAGCGGCCAUUCAGAAAAGGGACAUCGAGAAAGCCCUCACGAAAUUCUUAGCCAAAACCAACAGCACUCACAAUUUGUUCGAUACGGACGAUUCGAAUAUAUUUCCACUGAUAGCUUGUAAACCGAGCACUCCCGCCUAUCUCUCUGCCCUGCUGCCCCAAGACCAGAUCUUCGAUCCCGAAGACCUCGACGUGGACCCGAAGAGCCAGAUCCUGCAACAGCAAAAGCACCACGACAAGGCGAAGAACCAGAAGAAGAGAAUCGAAGAGGGCGAAGAAGUCAAAAAGGAAACUCUGAACGAGUCGAGGACUAGCGAAGAAGGGGCCGGCAAUUCCAGUUACAUAGACAAUCCCUAUUUAGCCGCCACCAAAUUACCCGGCGGGGAUGUAAUGGAAACCUCUUGAAUUGUGUAAUAUAAAUUUAAUACGAAUGCGAUUAAGUUAGAUUUUACCACGGUUUGUAGAAUAUCACGGUUGUCUCAUAACUUUUUAGCCAGCGAAUGGUAGAAGGGU